AUGAGUCUCAUUGGUCUACUGAUUUACCUUAGAUCCUGGUUUUCAAAGUCACCAGAUUGUUUUCCUUCUUCCGGUCGGCUUUCUACAGAAGUAACUGAAUCUCAGAGAGAUAGAUAUGAAUCUCACGGAAGCACAUCGUCAGUUGGAGCUGACCAUGUUGUAUCCAGCCCACGUGAUCAACCAGACUUAAAUACUUACACGGAUUUGAGAUUUUCCAGAAUGUAUGACAGCUCUCAUGACUGUGGAGGUGGACCACAACCAACUGCGCCAUCUGUCGACUCCAUUCCAACUCAAGGCUGUAAAGAUCAAAAUGAUAAAGAAGUGAAAGGCAUUGAUGACGAUGAUGAUGAUAAUGAUGACGAUGGUGAUGUUGAUGAUGAUGGUGAUGGUGUUGAUGAUGAUGAUGUAGAUGAUAACAAUGAAGUUGAUGAUGAUGCCGCUUGCAAACGGAAAUAAGAGCAAUUCUUAAAACAUUAAGUAUUGAAUAUCUUGUGUCUAAAUGUCUUUCAAUUGAGACAAGUCAUGCAAAAUCGUUUGAUCCUUCAAACUAUGAAUAUGAUUCAAUAAAAACUAAUGAAGAGGUAUUUGCACAUAAAAUACCAAAAAGGAGACUUUUACAGAAC